AUGGAGAGGGAGAAUAGCACAGUAGUAACCGAAUUCAUCCUCCUUGGUCUGACUCAGUCUCAAGGUACUCAACUACUGGUCUUCACUCUAGUCUUAAUUUUCUACUUCAUUAUCCUUCCUGGAAACUUCCUCAUCAUCCUCACCAUCAGGUCAGACCCUGGCCUCCCAGCUCCACUCUACUUCUUUCUGGGCAACUUGGCCUUCCUGGAUGCAUCCUACUUCUUCAUUGUGGCUCCCAGGAUGCUGGUGGACUUCCUCUCUGAGAAGAAGGUGAUCUCCUACAGAGGCUGCAUCACUCAGCUCUUUUUCUUGCAUUUCCUUGGAGCGGGGGAGAUGUUCCUUCUUGUUGUGAUGGCCUUUGACCGCUACAUUGCCAUCUGUCGUCCUUUACAUUACUCAACUGUCAUGAACCCCAGGGCCUGCUAUGCCUUGCUCGUGGCUCUGUGGCUUGGAGGCUUUACUCAUUCCAUUGUACAAGUGGCUCUUAUUCUUUACCUGCCCUUCUGUGGCCAAAACCAGCUGGACAACUUCUUCUGUGAUGUGCCGCAGGUCAUCAAGCUGGCCUGCACCGACACCUUUGUGGUGGAGUUCCUGAUGGUUUCCAACAAUGGCCUGCUAAGCCUCCUUUGCUUUCUAGGGCUUCUGGCCUCCUAUGCAGUCAUCCUCUGCCAUGUAAAGGGACACUCCUCUGAAGGGAAGAACAAGGCUCUUUCCGCAUGCACCACACACAUUAUCAUUGUGUUUCUCAUGUUUGGACCUGCCAUUUUCAUCUACACUCACCCUUUCAGAGCCGUUCCAGCUGACAAAGUGGUUUCCCUUUUUCACACUGUAAUCUUUCCUCUGAUGAAUCCUGUAAUUUAUACUCUUCACAACCAGGAAGUAAAAGCUUCCAUGAGGAGAUUAUUGAGUCAGCAUAUGGUUUGCUGGAUGCAAUAG